AUGGUGGUGUGGAUACAACUCCCGGCCUUCCCGGUGCACUUUUAUCACAAGGAGAUCCUGUUCACGCUAGGGAAUAUGGUCGGCCGCCAAGGUUGUCAAACCGGUUUAUGCCAGUGUGCCGGUUUAGCAAGUGGAAUGUCAUACCGGUGCUGUCACGCCAACCUGUGGCACGCCAGCCGGCGUGACAACCAUGUCGGCCGCUCAAUCAAGUUGGAUUCCCACACGCAACAUCAACAACGCGCGAAGUUUGCCCGGAUGGCGGUGGAUCUUGACCUAACCAAGCCUCUAGUAACACGAAUCCGUUUAGAUGGGAAGUGGCAAUACAUAGAGUAUGAGAAUCUGCCUAUGUGUUGCUUCGAAUGUGGAAAAAUUGGGCACACGACGUCUUCUUGCCCGUCUUUGACAGCGAAUACACCAGUAGCAGGCACCGGAACAUUGACAAGGUCGCCGGAAAAAUGGUCGGAGACUCUGUCAGAGGAUAAGACCGGCUUUGGUCCUUGGAUAAAGGUCACAAGACGAUCACGGCGUGGACCACGGGCGCCUGAGAAAGGAAACAAUAGCGCGAUUCAGGGAGACUUGGCGGGUUUUGGAAAAGCUGGAAAAGGAAAGACUUCGUACAGAGAUAUGGAAGGUUCAAACGGGCAGAAAGAGACUCCAAGCCAACGGGAGGAGAUGGCGAGGGGUGGAACGCAUAUAAAAGGAAAGACAGCUAGUGUAGGGCAUCGGAAUGGGAUUGUGGGAGUUGGUAGGGAGGCGACUGAGGAGAUAGCUGCGUGGACGGGGGCGGAAAAGUCGGGACAAUCUGAAGAGGCUUUGGUGACCAUGGUGGGGGAUUCGGCUCCGAUCAAGGCAUGUGUUUCGGCCGCCCCUAGCUCCGCCAUCUAG